AGGGACCAAACUGACAUUAUCCUUUAAAGACGAAGAAGUCAUCAUCAGAUUCUCGGAGGAAGAGCUUCAGCUAACAAAGGAGUAACAAUGGCUUCCCUUCACCUUGCUAUUCCUUCACUUCCCGGACCCACACGCCAAUCGACAAUUCGGUGUUCCGGUGAACAACGGCAAGCACUUUUUAACCGCAUUGCCCCUGUUUAUGAUAACUUGAAUGAUCUCCUGAGCUUAGGUCAACACCGUAUAUGGAAAAGAAUGGCCGUUUCUUGGACCGGAGCUAAAGAUGGGGACAAUGUACUGGAUGUGUGUUGUGGAAGUGGGGAUUUGACAUUUCUUUUAUCUGAAAGAGUUGGAUCCUAUGGCAAGGCGGUUGGUCUUGAUUUCUCAAAGGAACAAUUAUUAACCGCUUCGACUCGGCAGAAAUUACGUUCAAAGACAUGUUACAAGAACAUUAAGUGGAUGGAAGGCAAUGCACUUGAUUUACCCUUUCCUGACUCCUCCUUUGAUGCCGUUACAAUUGGCUAUGGAUUACGAAAUGUGAUUGAUAGACAUAAAGCUAUGACAGAGAUACGUCGAGUCUUAAAACCAGGCUCAACAGUAUCUGUUCUUGACUUCAAUAAAAGCAUCAACCCCUUGAGCACCACAAUUCAGGUAUUUGUUGGCAGGUUAAUACAUUCUUUUCGCAUCACCCCAAAAAAUUUAUUUUACUAUAUUUAUUAUUUUUUCUUAAUCACCCAAAAAUCUGUAAAGUAAGUUAUUGGUUUCAUUAUCUUUUGCUUUAUCUGAUGUAAAACUUUCUAUGCUUUUAAGGGAUCAUUGCAGUUCCAUCUGAACAAUUGAAAUAAUGAUGGGCAUUAACCAUUUCUGAAACACUUGUUUGCAAAUUAGGAAAUUCAGUGGGACCUCCUUGGCUUUUUAAGAAUGUAGUCAGUGCAUACCUUUUUGGCCCUUAUACAGAACAUAUUGUUACUUAGCAAAAAUGAUGACAACAAUGGAAACAGAGUAGACUCUUGAAGCUUAUCCUGUUCUUUUAGGGUGCAGGAAAAGCGGGAGCAGGGGAAUGGGAAGGGGAAGGGGAAGGAGAAGGGGGAAUUUGCUUUAUGAGAAUUCAGAAGGAUAUAGAAGGGAAAUAGAGAUCUUCAACCGUCAUAAGUUGGACAAUUUUAAGUGAUUGAAUAUUUUGUGUAAGUAUAUAGCUCAAGAUAUUACCCCACAUAAUGCCAGUAAAAUUGCUAUAUGCUGAAACUGCAUCCAUAUACAUUUUCGACUAGUUUUUCUGUAAAGGCGGGACCAAUAUUUGUUCACAUGACAAAAAGCAAGCCACUUCCUAUCCAUCAGAUGCCAGGGAUUAAUCUGUUAUUCUGCAUUAUUGAUAAUUCCGUUAUCUCUUUUACAGAUUGUUAUGUUUGCAAACUUCUUAAUGUUUCUCCCGCUUCUCAUGAGUAGUACUAGUAGCAUAAUAAUAUUUAUCU